AUGGAGAACGGGUUAAAUGGAGAGAACUCGCAGGGGACAGGAACCUCUGGUCAGGGGCAGGAGGCUCCACAGGGUGCGACAGAAAAGGAAUCGGAGGCGGUCAGAAUUCGAAGGCUCGAACUAGAAUUUGAGUUGCGGAAAGCGCAACUUCAGAUUGAGUCCGAAGAGCGGAUCGCGUGUCGCAUGGCACAGCUAGGAAAGGAAAGUGGUCGACCUUCGUCCUCUGGGUCGGAAACAGACGACCAACGGCACGCAGGCUUAGACUCGGUUGCGCAAUGCGCAAACGUUUUGAAAGGGUACAGCCUGCCAUGUGACGCGGACGUUCCUCUAUGGUUUGAUGAGGUGGAAAAAUUGUUUACCACGUACCAGGUGCCGGAUAGUGGUCGAGUACAUUUGAUUAUGCCACUGCUAACGGAGCCUGUCCGCUACCUGCUGCGCAGUCUAGGGCAAGACGAUUGUUUAGAUUACGAGUCGGUAAAACGGGCGGUGCUGAGCGAACUGAAACUCACGCCAGCUGAGUACCUAGACAGGUUCGACAGUGCAGCCAAAAGAAAAGAUGAAACAUGGGCUCAGUUCGCCUCCCGUGUCCGAACCUACUUCACGUAUUACCUUCAGGUGAGAGGUGCGGACACGCAGGAGGCAGUAACGGAGCUCAUGGUUGCUGAUCGGAUUAAGGCGAGCCUGAGUACCGAUGGUUUGGAGUAUGUUCGCCUUCGCGAGGGAGAAACUUGGUUAAAACCGGUCGAGGUGGCGAGGGUGUUACAGACUUAUGAGCAGGCAAAAGGGAAAGGGAGCGCCACAAAACAGGUGUACGUUCCAACAGAACAGUCAGGGACGGGGCGCUCGCCAGGGUUCAAAGGUCCCGUGAACUCGGGUCGAGCAGCUGCGGUCGAUUUCGGAGACGGCCGCUCGAAGCUACAAUUGGUUCAACUGGAGUGCGGCGACGUACACACCGAAGCAGUGCUCGACACGGGUACCGAAAUGACGGUACGGGAGAGCCUGCUACCUCAAGCUUUGAGGGAACUGUCGGGCCCAGUGAAGCUAGUGUCCGCUUUUGGCCACGCCAUUGAUGCCAAUCUUGCGACACUUCCAAUAAGGUUGAGCUGUCCAGGGGCGGUAGAAAAUCCAACUAAAGCCGACUUAGUGUGCGCGCUCACCAAUCAGCUGGCGGAAGGGGUGAACUGUUUGCUUGCCUGGGAAGAUUGGGAACUGUUGAAAGCUAGGAGUGGUAAGGUCCAGGUGCAACAGGGAGGUACAGCGGCCUAUCCUUGUGAAGUUGAAGAACAGAACGUCAGAAGAGAUGAAGACAGCGAAGCACUGACUUGUGGGGUUGGCUAG